ACUCGACAAAGCGUUUCUCGCCACAUUAGAUACCAAGGAGGGAACCGAGCACUGUGGAUUCCUCUCUCUCUCUCUCUACACUGAGAUUCUGAGAAGCGCCAUGGCUCCUCGAACUCGAUCUCGCCAAGGCUCCGCAGUGAAACGGAAGUCUCGCCGUAUCUCUGCGCUGAAAAGCAGGGCAAAAAACCCUAAGGCAGCUGCUCGUGCACGACCAAAAUUAGGUAAAUUGAUAUCACCAGGUACAGGAUUAUCAGAAGAAAGCUCAAUUACCAGAUCAGGAUUGGGCGUGGACUCAUGGUUAUUCGGAGCCAUCACUGGUUCCAACACUCUUGGUGCCUCAGAAAUGGCUGCCCAAAGUGCGCAUAGUAGCACACAGGAUUUGGUUUCUACAUGUGUGGAGUCAAAAUUGGAGCACUGCAUGGCAUCUUCAUGUGCCACACCUGCACAACAAUCAUGUUCAAAAACUCGGUUACAAGCUCAAGGAAAUGCUGGUAGUGCAGGUUCUGGAUCGACCAAGAAGGUGCGUGGGCUUACUCGUGGUGUAAAAUAUGCUAAGAAGUUGCAGUCUGGGGAGAAUUCUCAUGCUGAGAUACAACUAGAGGCUGGACGCAUAGUCGGUGAAAAUUCACAAGAGUUUGUGACUAAGCUUGGAAUAGUGGUUAGGAACAAUGCACCAUUGCAGGUGAAAAAGUGGGGCCAAAUUCCAAAAGAAAGUAAGGCCAAAUUGUGGGACGUUGCACAGGUGGAGCUCAAGUUAAUAGAUAAUGAAGUUAAUCGAAUAUAUGUCAUGGAGCAAAUGCAACGGCAAUAUAGGAAUUGGCGGAGUGAAUUGUACAGAAAACACUAUUUGAAGUACAACACUGAUGAGGAGAGGUUGCAGAACAUCCCACCAUAUAGAUCAGAGGCUGAUUGGCAAUAUCUUGUCACCUAUUUUGGCUCAGAUGAGUAUAAGGCAAUUAGUGAGAGAAACAAGAAGAAUCGUGCAAAGCAGGACAUUGUGCACAUAGCUGGUUCAAAGAGUUUUGCACGAAUGCGCUAUGAGAAUCAAAACAAAGAGACGGGUGCUAAGCCCAGCCAAAUGGAGAUGUGGCAAAAAACACACCAAAGGAAGGACGGAUCUUGGGCCAAUCAACAAUCAUCAGAUGUUUGGUUACAAAUGAAGCAAUAUUCUACUCAAACAUGUGAGCAAAAGACACCUUUGACUGAGGAUGAGAUCCUUGUACGUGUACUUGGUGUGGAAAAAUCACGAUAUCUACGUCGACGUGGGGUAAGUGCAGAGCCAAGUAAUACUGUAGUUGCUAGGGAGACGGAGGAAGCAAUUCAAAGUUACCGCAGGGUGGCAGAUGAGGCACGCAAGGAAACUGAAGAUGUGAAGAGGAAACUUGAGGACAUGGAGGGCACGAUAAACUCUAGGAUCCAAGCUGAGGUGCAGAAGCAAAUGUCUGCAUUUUUUAAAAGAUUGGAAAUGCAGGGGACUGGUGUUCAGUUUCCUUUGUCUCAGCCUUUGCAAUUGGAGCCUUCUUCCCCGUCUCAGUAGCUACCUUCCUGAUAACUGCGUAGUGAGGUAAUUUUCAAGAAAUCAAUUUGUGCAAGCAUGCUUUGAGUGAGAGAGAGGUGGGAUCUGCAAUGGGUUUAUGCCAUUGGUUUUGUACUUUUGGUUGGCUAGUUUCUUCAGGGUUGUUUUUUCCUUCCAGCUUGUACUGCUUCUGUGCUAACAAAAAAAAAAAGGUAUAUACGAGUAUCCCUUGUUAAUAAAUUUAGUUACAUGCA